UUCUUGCGAAAGUUGCUGCGUCCCCAAGUAAGGUAAACUCCUCCCUCUGGUCUCGUCUCUGUCGCUCCCUUCCCUCUUUCGGCGCGAUCCAAGAAGAACAGAAGAGAGGGGCGGCGUCGUUGGCGGCCGGAGACGACGUGAGAAGGAGGAGAUGGCGGUAGUGAGCUCCGCGAGUGGCCUCCUGGCGAUGCUUCACGAGCCGCACCCAGCGCUCAAGCUUCACGCCCUCGACAAGCUGAACUCCCUCGUCCCCCUCUUCUGGCCCGAGAUCUCCACCAGCGUCCCCACCAUUGAAAGUUUAUAUGAAGAUGAGGAGUUUGAUCAGAGGCAACUUGCUGCAUUGGUCGUUUCUAAGGUCUUUUACUACCUUGGAGAGCUCAAUGACUCAUUAUCAUAUGCCCUCGGUGCUGGACCCUUGUUUGAUGUCUCUGAGGAUUCUGAUUAUGCUCAUACUCUUCUCGCUAAGGCACUCGAUGAAUAUGCUAGUCUUAGGUCUAAGGCUACAAAGCCAAGUGAAGAGGAAGAAAAGGUGGAUCCGCGUCUGGAGGCUAUAGUGGAAAGAAUGUUGGACAAGUGUAUUUUGGAUGGAAAAUAUCAACAAGCCAUGGGAAUGGCUGUUGAAUGUAGAAGGCUGGACAAGCUGGAGGAAGCAAUCAGUCGCAGUGAUAAUGUGCAAGGGGCGCUUUCAUAUUGCAUCAAUCUUUCCCAUUCUUUUGUAAGCCAUAGAGAAUAUCGCUGUGAGGUUCUCCAUCUUCUAGUUAAGAUAUAUCAAAGAUUGCCAUCUCCUGAUUACUUAAGCAUCUGCCAAUGUCUUAUGUUUCUAAAUGAACAUGAAGCUGUUGCAAGCAUUCUGGAAAAACUUCUGCAAUCUGGCAGCAAGGAUGAUUUUCUCCUGGCAUUUCAGAUUGCCUUCGAUCUGGUGGAAAAUGAACAUCAAGCCUUCCUGCUAAAUGUGAGAAAUCGUCUUGCAGACUCAAAAUCUCAAGCUUUAAAUCAUGUAAACCCUGACCAUGGGUCUACUCUGCCAAGUUCCCAUAAUGGAAAUGCAGGCAUAGACAAUUCGACGACUGCAACAGAUGAUGUUCACAUGGCAGAAGGUUCUCAUGCUCCUAAUGGUAGUGUACAUAGCGUGGAUGUAGUGGAAGUUGCAUAUGCUGAGAACAUUGCGAAAAUAAAAGGAAUUUUGUCAGGAGAGAUGUCAAUACAGCUGACAUUACAAUUCUUAUACAGCCACAACCGGUCGGAUCUUUUGAUACUGAAGACAAUAAAACAGUCUGUGGAAAUGAGGAACAGCGUAUGCCAUAGUGCAACUAUAUGUGCUAAUGCAAUAAUGCAUGCAGGAACAACUGUGGACACAUUUCUUAGAGAAAACCUGGAAUGGUUAAGUAGAGCAACAAACUGGGCUAAAUUUAGUGCUACUGCUGGGUUGGGGGUGAUCCACAGGGGUCACCUUCAGCAAGGCAGGUCUCUGAUGGCACCAUACCUACCUCAGAGUGGUGCUGUGGGAGGUGGUAGUCCAUACUCAGAAGGUGGUGCCCUUUAUGCUCUAGGCUUGAUUCAUGCCAAUCAUGGCGAAGGCAUCAAACAAUUCCUGCGUGAAAGCCUCCGUGGUACUAAUGCUGAGGUUAUCCAGCAUGGCGCAUGCUUGGGUCUGGGAUUGGCAGCUCUAGGAACGGCAGAUGAGGAGAUAUAUGAUGAUGUGAAAAAUGUCCUUUACCUGGACAGUGCAGUGGCUGGUGAAGCUGCUGGUAUCGGCAUGGGAUUACUCAUGGUUGGGACUGCAAGUGAGAAAGCAAGUGAGAUGCUUGCUUAUGCACAUGAUACACAACAUGAGAAGAUCAUUAGGGGUUUGUCACUUGGAAUUGCAUUGACAGUCUAUGGAAGGGAAGAAGAAGCUGAUACUUUGAUUGAACAAAUGACUAGAGAUCAAGAUCCUAUACUUCGUUAUGGUGGUAUGUAUGCUUUGGCUUUGGCCUAUAGGGGCACAUCAAACAACAAGGCGAUCCACCAGUUGCUGCAUUUCGCUGUAUCAGAUGUCAGUGAUGAUGUACGGAGAACAGCUGUUCUAGCCCUUGGAUUUGUCUUAUAUUCUGAACCCGAGCAGACCCCAAGAAUUGUUUCCCUGCUUUCUGAAUCAUACAAUCCACAUGUCCGGUAUGGUGCGGCUCUAGCAGUAGGUAUUUCCUGUGCAGGUACGGGGCUAAGUGAAGCCAUUUCUUUGCUGGAGCCGCUUACAUCAGAUGUUGUCGACUUUGUUCGUCAGGGGGCCCUCAUAGCGAUGGCUAUGGUUAUGAUCCAGAUUAAUGAAUCCUGUGAUUCUCGUGUCGGGACAUUCAGGCGACAACUGGAGAAAAUAAUUCUUGAUAAGCAUGAAGAUACAAUGAGCAAGAUGGGUGCCAUAUUAGCUUCUGGAAUUCUUGAUGCUGGUGGAAGGAAUGUUACAAUUAAGCUGCUAUCCAAAACUAAGCAUGAUAAAAUCACAGCAGUUGUAGGGCUUGCAGUUUUCAGCCAGUACUGGUAUUGGUAUCCCCUUCUCUAUUUCAUAAGCCUCUCUUUCUCUCCCACUGCCUUCAUUGGACUCAAUUAUGAUCUGAAAGUUCCAAGAUUUGAGUUCUUAUCAAAUGUUAAGCCUUCUCUAUUUGAGUAUCCACGCCCAACCACACCCCCCACAUCAACUUCAGCUGUCAAGUUACCCACUGCUAUUUUAUCAACAACUGCAAAAGCAAAAUCAAAGGCAAAGAAAGAUGUCGAACGUAAAGCUAGUUCUGAGAAGUCAUCUGGGGAUGAUGCUUCGAUCGCUUCAAGUUCAGGAAAGGGUCCGAAAUCUUCUGAGAAGGAUGCUGAUGGGAUGCAGGUGGACAGCUCUUCUGAAAAGAAGGUGGAGCCUGAGCCAUCUUUCGAAAUUUUGACAAAUCCAGCGAGGGUUGUACCUGCUCAAGAGAAGUACAUACGAUUUUUGGAUGGUAGCAGAUAUGUGCCUGUGAAGCUGGCACCCUCUGGUUUUGUUCUCUUAAGGGAUCUUCAGCCUACUGAAGCUGAGGUUCUUGCUCUCACUGAUGCACCGUCGAAUGCAUCUGGUGCUGGAACCACCACCACUGCUCAUCAGGGAUCAGGCUCUUCAGCCAUGGCUGUAGAUGAGGAGCCCCAGCCCCCACAACCUUUUGAAUAUACCACAUGAAGUUUUAUGGCGUUGCGGGCAAUUACGAAUGAUGGUUCGUGGUUCAUAUGUGGGGAUUUGAAUCUUUUUUUUUGUCCUUCUUACUAUUGCUUUUUGUGUUAUUCCAUAAUUUUCUCUCUUCAUUUUAAAUAGUUUAGUGUUAAAUUUGUUGGGAAGGGAAGAAUGUACAAGUCAAUUGUGAAAUAGCUGGGUCUCUGACACUGAUUAAAAGCGUUGGGGCUUUGGCAGAAAUAUGUACUACAAACAUAUACCCUACCCAACUCUUUGUUGCCAUCAAAUCUGAACUCCACUGCGGACCAACAAACAUGAUAAAGUUUGUUCCUUUCUAGCGUUAGCAA